AUGGACUUUCAAAUGUACAAUGAUGCUGAAAGAGCUCAUAUUCAAAAAUCAAUUGAGCAAAAACAGGUUCGAGAUUUGAUGAAAUUUUAUACGAAUUUGGUAGAAAGAUGUUUUAACGAUUGUAUUAAUGAUUUCACAUCAAAAGCAUUAAAUACAAAAGAAGUUACAUGUGUGAAUAGGUGUGCAGAAAAAUUUUUAAAACAUAAUGAUAGAGUUGGACAACGAUGGGCAGAAUUAAAUCAACAAAUGGUACAACAACAAAUGGAACAAUCUUCUCAACAAAAUAAUCAAUCAAGUAAAUAA